AUGCGCGUCGCAGCAUACACAGCGGCCACGCUCGGCUUCGUCGCCAGCCUUUCUCUGGUAAAUGCGCAUGGAAGUGAUGGAGAAGAAUCAUCAGACUCUCUUCAAACCGUCCAUUCCGAUCACUCCUCGAUCGUGGCGGCGGCCCAUUCGACGGUCCCUUCGACGGUCGUGAUGGCGAGUAUGCCUGCAGCAACGGCAGUUGAGGUAGAGGUUCCAACAACGGGGUCUGCGCAUAUAGCUAUGGAUAUGGAAAUGGAAAUGGGCGAGGAAGCCACUGGCGAGGGUCACGACGAUCAUGCUCGUCCUACGACCGUGGAGGCUCCAUCAGAACCUCAGUCAUAUAUGCAGCUCCCUCAACACCGAGGUUGGAUCAUCGGUCAUAUCGUCUGCAUGGUGAUCGCAUGGUUUUUCCUACUGCCAGUAGGUGUCAUGUUCGGUGUCGCACAGUCUCCCUUCCACGUUCCAGUUCAGCUUGCAUUCCUCGGUCUUACGGCGCUCGGAACCGCUUUCGCAAUCCUGUACAACUCUAUGACACCAGAUAUGUACGAAAACAACUCUCACCACAACAUGGGAUGGGUCCUCAUCGCCAUGCUCGGCGCCCAGGCCGUCUCUGGAAUCAUCCGCGGUUUUGUUCGAUGGUCCAAGUCAUCCAAGAAUGAAGAGCAUGUCUUCGUUUUGGCAAACACUGAAGACCCAGACAUGGACGAGUCGCACUUCAACCAAGGUCAAGCCCGGUGGUCCGAGUCCGAGGCGGGCAACACCUCUAGCGGAGAGAGCCAGGGAACCGCUGUUUCUGGUCCUUCUACACCCACUGAGGUCAACUCGCCUCGCUAUCUCGGUGAUCACGACGAGGAACAGCCUUUUGCCAAAGAGUUCGCUGAGCCUGAACGUGGUUCUGAACGCAUUGUCUUGCAAAAGAUUUUUGGAUUGAAGAUCUUCGAGAAGGCUGGUCUUACCAGUGUUUCCGGUACAUUCUCCGCCUUGACUCGCAUUUUCCAUGCUGUCCUUGGUCGUCCGAUGUUUGUCCUGGGUUACGCACAAUUCUGUAUGGGUAUCGUUACCUAUACCGGUAUCUUCAAGGGCAACGUUGUCUUCAACGGUAUUGCUCAUUUCAUCAAAGGCAGUGUUUUCUUGCUUUACGGUCUCCUUACUCUCGGACGUUACCUUGGUGCUUUUGCCAACCUUGGUUGGGCCUGGAACGUGAAGCCUCCGGCGCCUCUUGGUCGUGAGGGAGCAGCUACUGCCGAGAUGGUCGAGUCAAGUGCUAUCCUCUUCUACGGGGCUACGCAGUCCUUUAUGGAACAUAUGUCUAGCGUGGACGGCACUUGGUCGCACACCGACUUGCAGCAUGUUUCCAUCGCAUUUAUGUUCUUGUGGGCCGGUCUUUGCGGUGUUUUGUUCGAAUCGAAGCGCAUCCGCAGGCUUCUGAACGCGAACAUCUCCUCAGCUAUCGAGGAUUCUCACUUCCGUGGUUCAGCGGAAGAAGCCGCUCAGGCGCCUGUGCAGUACGGAUUCUCUUACAACCCUAUGCCUGCAUUGAUCGUCUUUGCAACCGGAGUCAUGAUGUCUGCUCACCACCAGGCAUCUAUGAUCUCCACUAUGGUUCACGCGCAAUGGGGUAAGCUUUUGGCUAUGGCGUCUUUCUUUCGUCUCUGCACAUACUGUCUCUUCUGGUUGUCUCCGCCAAAGUCAUACCUUCCCUCGCGUCCAUGGACUGAAGUUUUGACCAGCUUCUGUCUUAUUUGUGGAGGUAUGAUCUUUAUGGUGUCUAACCAGGACACUAUGGAGGCGCUCGAGAGCUGGGAUGUUGACGCGAUGUUCGUGGCGAACUUGUGCGUUGCGGCUUCGGCAAUGAUCAUGAGUUGGGUGACGGGAGUGAUGGCAUUGAAGGGUUGGGCGGUGAAGCGACGAAGCGCUGCUAAUGGAGGAAGACGUUAA